UCCAUCCGCCGCAACUGAUCUGCCAUUGAAGAGAAGAGGAACCGAAAGAAAUUCGCAGAAGAAGCAUCAUCAUCGGAGAUUGCGAAGGAAGACACGGAUAUGGGCGAUAUAGCCGAAACUCUAGAGCCACGUCGAGGGUCGCUCGCUCCGACUCUGAUAUUCUCCAUCGUAAUUGCUUUCCAAUUUCUUUCCAGGUGGCUCGAAUCCUUAAAGAAGAAGAAAGGAUCGAAGAGUGCUAUGGAGAUCCAGUUGCGUGGAGAAAUCAACCAGCUCUUGAAAGAGGCGAGCAGUUUUUCGCAGCCAUCAACGUUUGCACAGGCUGCGAAGCUUAGGAGGGUAGCUGCUGCUAAGGAGAAAGAGCUAGCAAAUUAUCAAGAAUCACAUAAGACAGAGAUGAAAGUAUCAUGUGAUUUGUAUAUGAGAGUACUUUUCAUAUCAAAGGUUUUAACUUAUCUUGUGCUAAUAUGCUGGUUUUGGAGGGUUCCUGUCGCCACCAUAUCGCAGCAGCUUGUCCAACCCUUUGGGAAGGUCUUGUCUUGGAAGGGUGGAGGAAUUUUGAAUGACAAUGUCAUGGUAGGAAUCGUACCCUGGUUAAUUUUAUCUACCAGGGUUAGCAAAUUUGUUUGUCGGCUCUUCAAGUUUUAGGAUUCAAGCUGAGCGGUUUUCUGUCUUGAACCGAUAACCCUCUUUCGGCUAUUUAUUUUCCUACGUCUUUCGGAACCAACGAAACGUAGUACAUCACUAGGAGCAUACCUUGUUUUCAUUGUCAUUUCUGAAUGCCUAACAAGUAAAGGAAUUUAGCAAGGCAGCUGCUGAUUUUAUGUGUAUCCAUCCAUAUUGAUUCUUUUCUGUAAAAUUUAGUUUCUAAUCAGAGUAUUUGUUAGAGAAACGAGUAUAAUUCGUUUUUUCCCCCUUUUCUGGAUGAUAUAAUCUACAGUAUCAAGUGAGAGUUUGCGCCUUGUACCACACUUUGUAACUUUGAACAAAAGUAACACUGGGAUUACUUACUGGUUUGCUUGUCAAUAAAUAAAAUCCAGUGUGGAAUUCG